AUGUUCAACCCUUCCAUCUUUCCGUUUCAUUCCUUCUUUCUUUCUUUCUUUCUUUCUUUCUUCGCUCAAAGCUUCCAUCUUUUCGGUUCUUUCCUUCUUUAUUUCUUUCUUUCUUUCUUUCUUUCCUUCCUUCUUUCCUUCUUUCUUUCCCCCUUAUUUCCUUCUUUCUUUCUUUCUUUCUUCGCUCGAAGCUUCUAUCUUUCAGGUUCUUUCUUUCUUUCUUCGUUCGAUACUCCCGUCUUUCUUUCUUCUUUCUUUCUUUCUUUCUUUUUUCGACGCUUGCAUCUUUCCAUUUCUUGGUUAAAUAACAUGGAUUCUUUUUACUUUCUGUCAAAGUCCGUUGAUGAAUGUGAUAUGCGAGUCCAUCUAAUUUUUCUUAACGAAACGAUUUUUAACCUUCUUCCCAUGUCUUUUUUUUUCUUUUCUUCUUUUUCACUCUCUCUCUCUCUCUCUCUCUCUCUCUCUCUCUCUCUCUCUCUCUUACUUAUAAUAUUUCUUUCUUUUUCUCUCUCUUUCUUCUGA